AUGAGUGCGGAAGACCUCGAGCUCGCUAUCUGCAGAGAUUUACGCAAAGAUUGGGGUUUACAACUCACCUUAGAGCAUAGGGUGAUAGCAAUCGAUUUACGCUUCUCUAUCUACGACGUGGAGGAGCUUGUUACGAAAUUGAACGACUUGAGUUCGACGGUGGCGGACGAGAACGAUGCAGAGACCAUACGAGGGGAAAUUUUGCCAUAUGCCGAGAAACUGGCUGACAUGCUCAUCGCAUUGCAGGAGGCAAAUCGGCGAUGUCGUAAACUAGCUAGGGAUCUGGAGAGGGUCACAUACCAGUAG